AUGAAACACAAAUACUAUGGCGGGCUUCUCAUUCCUCCGCCGCUGAUUAGCUCAGUGCAGGCUGUGGAUAGAUGCAUACAUCCUGUUUUUAGGCCCGAGCAAGAGCACAGUCUUUGCAAGUAUCUAUCCUCUGGCGCAAAAGCCAUUAAAUUUCUUUUAUUUGACAUAAGCACUUGCUUGGGUGCUUUUUGCAUUUCAAGAAAGUUGGGCUCUUCUCUCCUCUUCCGUGCUCUGACAAAAAACGGCCCAGUGGUGAUGAAAAUUGGCCAGUUUCUAUCCACGCGCUUGGAUAUACUUCCAGAAGAGGCUAUCUCUAGGCUAAAAGUGUUGCAGAGUCUGGCACCCACUCCGAGGCAAAAUAAACAUCCGUUGGAUAUUUUUUAUGACGAAACAGGAAUACUUCUUCCACACAGCAGUUUACAGGGAGAGGUGGGCGCAGGGUGCAUCUCCCGGGUGUACAAAGUGAGAAUAGGAGAGAAAGACUAUGCGCUGAAAAUAAUAGACCCAAAGACAAGAGAAAGCGCCCAGAUCGAUUUAGACUUAUUCGAAACAUUUUCCAAGCUGCUGGGAUUUAGCAGAUUUUACCAGGAGUUCAAAAGGAAUAUGCUGGUACAGCUGGAUUUGAGAAAAGAAAAAAAGAACACGGAAAGAUUUAGAAAAAACUUUGCACUCUUCCAGUCUCCCCUGGAGAAUAAGUCGCUUUUAACUCGCGUUCUUUCCAAAUUUAGCAAUACGUCAGUUGUAUUCCCAAAGCCAGUGGCAGCAACAGAAAGCAUCCUGCUGACGGAGUACUGGAAGGGAGAGGAGAUAGAUGCAAAGAGCGGCGAAAGCAUUUUGUUUCUUUUUCUAAAGAUGGCAUUCAAAGACAGGUUUGUGCACUCUGACUUUCAUCCUGGCAAUCUGUCUGUUAUCAAAGACAGCAAAAAAAGACCAGGAAAAAGUACAAUAAUCGUGUACGACUCAGGGCUUACGCACAGCCUCACAAAAGAACAGAGCAGGAAUCUAGCAGAUUUAAUAAAAACAGUUCUGCUCGAUAAAAAGAAAAAAGCUCUUUCUCUGCUAAUAGAGAGAAACUCGUUAAACACGCACACAGAAGAAAAAAAGAAUGCGUUUUUGACGAGUGCAGCUGAACACUGGAACAGAGCCAAUACAAAAAACACAAGCGCGCUGGAUAGAGCUCUUAAAGUGUACUUUCUUGCAAGAAGACACAACAUAUUCCUCGACUCAGCGUAUACAAAUAUGGCCAUGUCGGCCAUAUACAUGCAGAACCACAUAAAAGAAGUAGAACAGGUCAACUGGACAACUGCCCUCAAAAGUGGGGUCAUCAUGGACUAUUUAGACCUGUUCAUGCAGUGGAAGGCAAAACAGUUUAAUCUAUCAGGAUAUUUCUAG